AUGUGGUUUAUGGGAUUGAGCAUUCCGCAGCCUCCGACUGUUUUAAUCAGUCUCUGGGCGCCGGGCCUCUGUGGUGGUCCUGAUGUCUCCAAGGACGAACAGGAAGAUGGUGGAGGCGGACCGCCACUAUUAAGACUCACUUUCCGCACCGCACGCCAACCCUGGGACGCCGUGUUACGGGGGCGCACCUUGUUCGUAGCUCUGCCCCCUGACAUGUUGCCGGAGGGCUCGAGAGAGGCGUUCGUUGCACUAUUAGAAGCUGCCGAGGAACAACUUAAGUGCCAUCACGUCGUUGUGGUUUUUGGAAAAGAUCGUGUAGACCGAGCCACACUGAUUCGCACUUUUAUGUUUUUGGGUUUCUCUAUAUUGUCACCAACGUCUCCACUUGUACCCCCAUCGUUGGCCGCCAACAAUGUCUGCAUGUUGUACAAUAUCGAGUAAUCGACCCCCAGCGAAGCCUCGAUAUUAUUUCCCCUUUUAAAUCUGCAUUAGUUUUAUAGGUUUAAGCACUUAUACUACUAUACUUAUACAGUCGAACCUGGGUAAGCGAGAAUUCAAGGGAAUCACUUUAAUUUUUCUCCAAUGAUUGUUAUCGACUGAAACCAAAUGUUGAGGAUGAGUACCAUGAGCAGGUAGCAAGAAGCGCACAAGUGUGCUGCAGAUGUUUAGUAAUUGCAAAUAGUCUGGCGUACAGAGGUCUAGUGUAAGAAACUGUCACUUAAAGAAGUCUAGAAUUGAAAAAUGGCUCUCUCUAAAACAGGUACUUACACUGUCACUCACAGGUUUUCGAGGCUAAAAAUGACCUGACUAUUUUUGUCGCUUAUAGAGUUUUCUCACUUAUCCAGGUUCGACUAAUAAUUUUUAGGGAUAGGAUUUAAUCGGUAUGAACAUCAACGUGGAAAAAUUAAUAUUUCUUUUUUUUUUUUGUGUUUAAAUAGACAAUUUUCGACUAAGAAGGCAGCAUGUUGCUUUGGUUAAAUUCUUGAAAAAAUUUUAAAUUCCAUUUUGCGACAAGAUUAUUCCUACCAUAAAUUUUAUUUUAUCUGGUCAUAAUAUUGUUAGUUAUCAUGUUAUAAGCUUUGAUUAUAUAAUUAGUGACCGUUACAUAUCUAUUGCUAUUAAAGUAAUCUUGUUAUUUACUAGUGUACCUAGUUAUGUAAAGGCAAAAGCGGAUUAAAACGGGAAAUUACAUAUUAUUCAUCUUAACGAUAAUGUGAGUCUUAGUGCGGUGUCUUGCCUUCACCAUUAAUUAAAUUAAAAAAUAUAAAAAAAAACAUAUAAAAUCAGAAAAGACAAAAAAAUUUUCAUUGAUUAUAUAUAUAUAAAUAUCAAAUAUGAAAAAUAUCGGUAGUAGCAAGUGAAGGAAGAGAACUAAACUAAUUGUUGCUAAUGUCAUCAUUAUUAUUAUUAUUACUAAUAGUUUCGAUAUUUUUUUGUGGUUUUGUGAAUGUCAAUGUUGUGUAAAUAUCAAUAUGAACCGUGUUUAUUUUUAGAGGACUGUAAUUAAUGUUAGGGCCGAUUUUCCACGUUUGUAUGGUUUCAAGCAGCCUUUUUAUUUUAUUUCAUCCAUUCCACGUUCGUAUUAUUCUCUCACAACUACAGUUCUGUAUAUCACUUGUUCUAUUAAUAAAAUAUUAAACAAAUAAA